UUCCUUUUAUUUUAUAUGUACAUGGUAAUAAAUGCUGGAUGCGUGCGUGCGCGCGCACUACCGGGCUGCGCUGCGAUGGUGGAAGAGCGCGAAACGGGAGUGUUAUAAAGAAGCCGCGAGAGAGAGAGCCCUUCUCUGGAUCUGCGCGCUGUGCACCGACACGCAAUGACUAAUAACAAUGAUGAUCAUGAUAUGACAACAGCAUAAAUGAUCCGAGUGAAGUGCUGAAGGAACUUACCUUGCUCGUCCGCUCAGGCACCAAAUGCUGAAGAGAGGACUGUAGGCAGCAGGAAGGAAUAUUCUGAAAAGGGCGAUUCGGAUAUAUUUCCAUUAUAUAUAGUAGUAAUAUUAAUUAUUAUUAUUGCUAUUAUUUUACCGCUGCCGUUAUUCAUAUUGUCGUUGUUUCCAGCGGACGUGUUCGUGGCGUAACAGAGUGGACUGAGCUGCGGAAUUUGCCCACCUUCUGCUUCUCAAGCCUUCUGCUUCUCGCUGGAACUUGUUGUUGUUUUCAUGCUCGCGCUCCCUUUAUGACCAUGGAUUAUUGGCUCUUUUUAUGCCUCCUGCUGCCUGAGGUUUUAGCCAUCGAAGAAACAUUAAUGGACACCAAAUGGGCCACAACAGAACUAGCCUGGACAGCACAUCCAGAGACUGGGUGGGAGGAGGUGAGUGGAUACGAUGAUGCCAUGAACCCCAUCAGGACCUACCAGGUGUGCAACGUGCGGGACCUCAACCAGAACAACUGGCUGCGCAGCAACUUCAUUCCCCGCCAGGAUGUGCUGCGCAUCUAUGUGGAGAUGAAGUUCACUGUGCGUGACUGCAACAGCAUUCCAAACAUCCCUGGCUCCUGCAAGGAGACCUUCAACCUCUUCUACUUUGAGUCGGACUCAGACUCGGCCUCAGCCACUAGCCCGUCGUGGAUGGAGAACCCAUAUGUAAAGGUGGACACCAUUGCUCCCGAUGAGAGCUUCUCCAUGCUUGAGUCUGGCCGGGUCAACACCAAGGUUCGCAGCUUUGGCCCGCUCUCCAAGGCUGGCUUCUACCUGGCUUUCCAGGACCUGGGAGCAUGCAUGUCCCUCAUCUCUGUCCGUGUCUUCUACAAGAAGUGCUCCACCACCAUUGCCAACUUUGCCAUCUUCCCGGAGACAGCCACUGGUGCGGAGGCCACCUCUCUGGUGAUCGCCCCCGGGGUUUGUGUGUCCAAUGCAGUCGAGGUCUCCGUCCCUCUCAAGCUGUACUGCAACGGAGAUGGCGAGUGGAUGGUUCCGGUGGGCUCUUGCACCUGUGCAGCGGGGUUUGAGCCUGCUAUGAAGGACACACAGUGUCAGGCCUGCAGUCCAGGGACAUUCAAGUCUAAGCAGGGAGAGGGUCUCUGCUCCCCCUGCCCCCCUAACAGCCGCACCAACUCCGGGGCCUCCAGCCUGUGCUCCUGCCGAAGUGGCUACUACCGCGCCGACAGCGACUCCCCUGACUCGGCCUGCACGGCUGUCCCUUCGGCCCCACGGAACGUCAUUUCAAACGUGAACGAGACGUCCCUGGUGCUGGAGUGGACCGAGCCACGUGACUUAGGGGGCCGCGAUGACCUGGUCUAUAACGUCAUCUGCAAGAAGUGCCUCCCUGAUCGCGGUGCCUGCUCGCGCUGCGAUGACAACGUGGACAUAAUCCCGCGGCACCUUGGCCUGACGCAGCGACGUGUGGCCGUGCGCAAUCUCCAAGCCCACACGCAGUACAGCUUCGAGAUCCAGGCCGUCAACGGUGUCUCCAGCAAGAGCCCCUACUCGCCGCACUUCGCUGCUGUCAACAUCACCACCAACCAGGCUGCCCCUUCUGCAGUUCCAACUGUUCACCUGAUGGGGGCCACAUCGAGCACCAUGAGCCUCUCCUGGCUGCCUCCAGAAAAACCCAAUGGAAUCAUUUUGGAUUAUGAGAUUAAAUACCAUGAGAAGGACGAAGGGGAGGCCAUCGCGCACACGAUGACUGCACAGCGCAGUUCGGCCAGGAUCGAAGGGCUAAAACCAGGAACACCCUACAUCGUGCAGGUGCGAGCGCGCACAGUGGCAGGGUACGGCCACUACAGCAACCCUACCGCCUUCAGCACCAACCACCACCGGGACCCAGAGAAGUCCUUGCAGGAACAGCUGCCCCUCUUCGUGGGCUCCGCUACUGCUGGUCUGGUUUUCAUCAUCGCUGUUGUUGUCAUAGCCAUCGUGUGCCUCAGGAAGCAGCGUAAUGGCUCUGAAUCUGAGUAUACAGAAAAAUUACAACAGUACAUUACUCCUGGAAUGAAGGUAUACAUUGACCCCUUCACCUACGAGGACCCCAACGAAGCUGUCCGAGAGUUUGCCAAAGAAAUCGACAUUUCCUGCGUGAAGAUCGAGGAGGUCAUUGGGGCAGGUAACCCGCACAAGCUCUCCAGCAGCAGGGGGAAGACAGCUAGACACUUCCAGGCCAUACCAUUAGAAGACUUCACUCCAAGCGGAGAAUUUGGUGAGGUCUGCCGUGGCCGGCUCAAGCAGACCGGCCGACGGGAGAUCAUCGUAGCCAUCAAGACCUUGAAAGCUGGUUACACAGAGCGCCAGAGACGAGACUUCCUGAGCGAAGCCAGUAUCAUGGGCCAGUUUGACCAUCCCAACAUCAUCCGCCUGGAGGGAGUAGUGACCAAGAGUCGGCCAGUCAUGAUUGUUACAGAGUUUAUGGAGAAUGGUGCGCUGGACUCAUUUCUCAGACUGAAUGAUGGGCAGUUCACCGUGAUCCAGCUGGUAGGGAUGCUCAGGGGCAUUGCGGCUGGGAUGAAGUACCUGUCCGACAUGAACUAUGUCCACCGAGACCUUGCUGCUCGGAACAUCUUGGUCAACAGCAACUUGGUGUGCAAAGUCUCAGACUUUGGCCUGUCCCGGUUCUUGGAGGAUGACCCCACAGACCCCACAUACACGAGUUCACUAGGGGGGAAGAUCCCCAUUCGCUGGACGGCACCAGAGGCCAUUGCCUACAGGAAGUUCACCUCAGCUAGUGAUGUGUGGAGUUACGGCAUUGUCAUGUGGGAAGUGAUGUCAUAUGGCGAACGUCCAUACUGGGACAUGAGCAAUCAAGAUGUUAUCAACGCAGUGGAGCAGGACUACCGACUGCCACCCCCUAUGGACUGCCCCACUGCGCUACACCAGCUAAUGCUGGACUGCUGGGUAAAGGAGAGGAACCUGAGGCCCAAGUUCUCCCAGAUCGUCAACACACUGGACAAGCUCAUCCGCAAUGCCGCCAGCCUCAAGGUGGUCACGAGCACGCAAGCGGGGGUCUCCCAGCCCUUGCUUGACCGUUGCAUCCCUGACUAUACUACUUUCACUACUGUGGGCGAUUGGCUGGACGCCAUCAAGAUGAGCCGCUACCGUGACAACUUCAUUAACGCCGGCUUCGCCUCCUUUGACUUAGUGGCACAGAUGACUGCAGAGGACCUCCUGCGGAUAGGGGUAACACUGGCGGGACACCAAAAGAAGAUUUUGGGCAGCAUUCAGGACAUGAGGCUACAGAUGAACCAGACACUUCCUGUCCAAGUCUGAGGAAUUUUGGGAGGGACUAGAGAAAGAGAGCCAAUCGGAAACCCACGCUGCCUGUCUCGGCCAAUCAGAAACCUGGCUCGCAGUGCCUCAGACUUUUCUCCCACCCUCCAUUUCCUCUUUCUGUGUUAAUUCUGCAUUUCCACCUGAUGAACAUUUAUUGUGACUUUUUUUUCCUCAGCAUUUUUUUUAGAACUCAUGUCCCAUGCGUGCCUCCCUCGUUUCUGGCUUGGGGUGCUGUUUGCAUGCGUGCGUGUGAUUCGUGCAGUUGGCUGGGAAUUGCCAGAUUCCUGGAGCUGUAUCGCUGUAUUGCUUCCUCUCACGGUUCCCAGCUCUCCCGAUCCAUCAGAGAAUCCUUGCUGGAGAGCACAGAUGGAUCAGACUGAAUGCGGUUCUAAGGAAAAAAGCAAAACUAGUCUAGUCAAAGAAAUGAACGAAAGACUGCUUUCACAGAGCCGGAAGCCGGAAAUGGCAGAAAAAUCUCUCCAGUAGUAACAGUUGUUUUGUGUGUUUUCCCAUCUUCAUAUUGAAGAUGCUAUAUUUAUAGGGCACAUGUCAGUGUGACAAAAACAGCAGAAUAGAGAUGGAGAAGUUUGUUCAGUCAGUGCGAUAGGGGAAAUCUUAGAUGUACUUUUUGGUUUCUCUACAAAGGGAACCAUCUGCAAAGACCAAGUUUCAGUGGUUUUCACCGCUUGGUCUGGGAUUCUCACUGGCUGUGUUUUAUUAAUAAUAUAAUAGCCGUUUGUUUUAGUUUUCCAGCUGUUUUAUUUCUCCUUUUUUACAUUUUGUUGGAAGACAUUCUUCCAGGUGGUUGAUUGUUUUGAGGUAAUUCAUGGCUUCACAGUUUGUCCACCUGAGAAUGAUUUGGGGAGAAAAGGACUAUGCCAACACAAUGGAUACAUUGACCAGCCUUUGAUUUCUGUGUGAGUUUUUAAGGGUUUAGACAGAAAUGCUGUGCAAUACAGUGUCAAGUGAGUACUGAAGUGGAAAACAUGCACGAGCCCAGUUGUGACAAGUAUUUGUUAAAGUUACCUACCAUAAUUAAUGUUUUUGUCAGAUCCAAGCUGACAAAAGUUCAGAAAUGUAUAUGCGUUCUUUCUUAACUUGUAAGCAGCUGUCAGAAAGACUGUUCUGUGUAAUACAACUGCAAAGAUUUGCCAUUAUUCUAAUUUACUCGGAUCAGUUUUAACGGUGUAUUUAUUUCUUUCCUUGUCAGAAAAGAGGUCACUGGCACCUGGUACUGUAGUAGACUUAAACACAAAACAAACAACAAAGAGCAAUUAAGAAAAGAACUAAAUUUACUCUGAAAAUAAUAUGAAAAUUAUUAAUUGGAUAUUGUAUUUUAGUUGUUUUAAACAAGAAAACAUCAAUAAUAUGCAACAAAUCAGACUGACACAGAACUGACUAGUGGUGGGUGGUCAGAGAACAGGUGGGUAGAUCUGGACAGAGGGAGAAUUCAGCAGAGAGACAAGCAGGAGAGGGUGAGUGGUGCUGCAUACUUGGCUCUGGGGACACUGAGAACACACAUUUCUGUGUGUUGUUAUCUCCUGUAUUUCCUCGGGUGUCAGUAAGCAAGUAAGUUUGACCUUUAAAUUUGGAUCUGUAUCCACUGCAAAUCUUACCUUACAAACUUAAGGGAGGGAAAAGCAUACCCCAAAGAAGGAGUUGGUGGAUAUCCUGUGUCUUCCAUGCAUAUGUUGAAAAUUGGUCAACUCCUCUCCCAAGAUCUGUGUUGUUGGAAGCUGUGUUUUCGAUUUUUUCGGUUUAGCAGAGGGGCCUCUGACAGCUCCUGAUGUGUCCCGGUGUGUUUAGAGUCCUGAUAACGGAGGUCAGGCUUUGAGGUGGGCUUCCACGACAAGGAUGCAAAGUUUCUACCCCAGGGCACAGUCCAGCACAGCGCCCCGCAGCAGGAGAUACAGACGGGAGCACUGCCCGACUCGUCAGCCGCCAUCAGGCAACUGACCCUUUAGCCCGUGCUUGUCAGAGUGAUUAACGCGGCAAGGAACCCGCCACCCGCAGGAAUAUAUUUACAGCCAGAGACAGAUUGCUGCCCUAUGAUUAUCUGUCUAUUCCUCCCUGGCUGCAAUCACCCAGGCUCAUUCUUCCCUGGCCCAGUUAGUGCAGCAGGCAGCCUGUCUGGUACCCACGGCCUUGGCCUCAAACAGCAGAGCGGGAGCACAUCAUAAAAAAGAUAAGCGAUAGCAGCUGCAUCACCUGGACUGCACCUUAAUGUCCAGAAAUAAAGGUAACAGGAUGAAUUGCCAUUGCCUUCUGGGUGGGACGUCAGCUGCUUUGGCAAUGAGGCUGCUCGACAAUGUCUAAAAUGCUUUGGGGCAAAUACAUACUGAUGCAAUAUGAUAGUACUCAAUUCUGACUUUUGUAACAGUAUAAUGUCCUUGUGCAAAUAUUCCUCUAUAAAACUCCCAACCUUCCUGAACUUCGUGUGCGACUUAUGAAACAUUAUGCAAAAUCUUUGUACUUCCAGUUUAAUUAGAUUUUCUUUUUUUUCAUUUAUUUGUAACCCCAUACCCCUUUUUAAUU